UAUAAGACUCAAAUGUGCAAGAACUUCGAGGCACACGGAUUCUGCGGGUUUGGCGACAAGUGCAACUUCGCACAUGGCAAGGAAGAACUUCGCUCAGGAGGUCGCGCACCGUCGGACACUCGUCACUUCAAGACGCGUCUGUGCAAGACCUUCGCUCUCAAAGGCAAGUGUCCCUACGGUGACAACUGCACGUACGCGCAC